AUGGAAGAGCCAACCAAAAACGCACGGUUGAUGACGAAGGAAGAAGAUGAAACGGAUGUCCCAAAAGACAUGGCCAAGGGAGGGAGCAAGGACGGCUUAGAGGAGGUUGCUCAGGCAACAGAGUCGCGUUUGAGGCAGGCCAAGGAGUUCGAGUCACCUCUGAGCCAAGCUAUGAACGUAGCAUUAUCCACCGAUGAUUACGAUCCAAUCAAUGGAAUAUUGGAGGUCACGCCUGGAAGUCAUAUUAUGGCAAACCUGACAGACAAUGCCGAGAUACUCGACGGCGUAUUGCCCAUGCCAUCACUACGACCAAUCCAUCAACAAUUUAGUUCGAUGGGUCCUGGGGCCUUUUCUGCAACACCCGGCAUGGAACUCGAGAGGGUCGAAACCAUUAGCCAUUCCUUAGUCGGUGCUCCUCCCUCUCGGGAAUUCGCAGCUACUCGUGAAGACCAUGACGAUGAUGAAGAGUUGGCAUGUCAUCCUUAUCCAAAGAAUCACGCUGUACAACCUGAAGACUCUCCGAUAAAUAAUGAUGAUGAAGUAUCUCCAGCAAGCAUGGACCGGGGAUUGGCCGUGGCCAACCCAGUCGAGGAAGCUCUACCCCAUCAUCUACUUCCGCAGGCCCAAAAUGUUGACGCAGAACAAGAAACUGCGAGAACAAGGGUGCAAAGGACGAAGCAAAUCAAGACGUAUUUGCUUCUUGCCGCAAUCCUCCUUAUUGCUAUCAUAAUGAUCCUCGUUGCUGUUCUAGUCCCAGAAAAUAACCAAGAUUUGGAAGAGCCUACACUCAGUGGGGUGGAAUCACCCAAAACAGAACCCCCGACUACCUCACCGACAAUUCUCAGCAUUGCAUGGGACGGGCUGCCAAUGAGUACACUGAAUGCACUCAAAGACCCCAGCUCUCCACAAGCCAGGGCCUAUGAUUGGCUGUUGAAUGACCCAAACGGGACGGCCUAUCCCCAAUGGAGAAUCCAGCAACGUUUUGCCUUAGCUGUGUUCUACUUCAGCACAGGAGGUGAAGAUUGGAUUCUCCAAGAGGAUUGGCUCAGCUAUGACGUGGAUGAAUGUUCCUGGUAUGUUAGGAAACUUGUUGGUGGUGAAGAGGACUUUUUCCUGUUUGAAGGUAAUACAGAAGUGACAGCCGAACUUCAGUAUCUAGACUCUGUGUGUGAUGAUGAUGGGCAGUACCUGCAUUUAGUCUUUACGGAGAACAACAUGGAAGGAACCCUCCCACCAGAGAUUUCCCUGUUGAGUAAUUCAUUGGUGAACCUGGAAGUUGGGUCCAAUGAAAACCUUUAUGGUGUGAUUCCCUCUGAGAUUGGUCUGUUAACAAACCUCCUGAGGUUUUAUGCAGACCGGAGUCUCCAUUCAGGCCAAAUCCCCACAGAGAUUGGAAAGCUCUCCCUGCUUCAGGAACUUGAAUUGGGUCACAAUCCCUUAACAGGAUCCAUCCCUAGUGAGAUUGGAAACAUGGGGGCUCUGAGCUUUCUAAGUUUGGUUUAUUGCGUGGGCUUGUCAGGAGCAUUUCCCACUGAGAUCUAUAGGCUAACCAACAUGGUCACAUUGAGAGCUCAGGCCCUGAAAGGCCUCACAGGAGGAGACCUGCUGCCAGAGAUUGGCCAAAUGACCAAAUUGAAGGAAUUUUUGACCGCCUAUGUUCCGUUCAAUGGUUCCAUUCCCACUGAAAUUGGGAUGCUCUCCAAUCUAUCAAAGCUCAACCUGUAUGAAUGCCACAUCACUGGAUCUUUGCCCACCGAGCUGUUCCUACUGACCAACAUGGUACGGCUGGACCUUGAUGUAAAUGAGAUGACGGGAACAUUGCCAACAGAUUUUGGACUUCUUUCAAAUUUGUCCAUGUUUGUGAUGCAUGGCAACAGCUUCACUGGAACACUUCCAGCCUCAAUCUUUGAGAGUUGGGGACAGCUGACAUUUCUCACUAUGAACCACAACAAUCUAGAGGGACCAUUGCCCACUGAGCUAGGCCUGCUAACAAGUAUGGAGAAGAUGUGGCUCAAUCACAACAGAUUCUCUGGCAGCAUACCAUCCGAGCUUGGGCUUUUGAGCAAGGUGACAGAUCUCCGUCUUGGUGAUACCAAUCUGACUGGCAGCAUUCCCGAAGCCUUGUCGGACUUGGAUGGGUUGGAGCUCCUGACUGUAUCAAACACCUCGCUAACUGGAUCUAUUCCAGGCAGCCUCUGUGAUCGACUUUGGGACAUGAUCUACACCUGCAAUACCUAUUAUGGUCUGUACACAUUUUGUUAUGAUGUGGAGAAGGUCAACUUUACUUGCUCCUCUACAAAUCUGUGUGGGUGUGAUGCAUGUGAGAUGUGCAAUACAACUGGCUAG